AUGUCGCGCUCGUCUCCGGAACCCUUCGUCGCAUCGCCUUCGCCCCCAAGUAAUUCCUUGAAGCACCACUCGCGCCAUACCUAUCGUCAGCUACAGCUUCUCCGCCAGAGUUCGACAGCCUCCCGCCUUCGAGUGAUUGCUCACAUUGAUCUUGAUGCUUUCUAUGCACAAUGUGAGAUGGUACGCCUCCAAACACCUCGGGAUGCACCCCUCGCCGUGCGGCAAUGGGACUCCCUCAUCGCAGUUAAUUACCCCGCCCGAUCCUUUGGAAUCACACGAAUGAUUUCGGCUAAAGAGGCCAAGAAUCUCUGUCCCAAUAUUAUUCUACAACACGUCGCGACUUUUCGGGAAGGUGAGGGUGGAAAUUGGGCCUACAGGGACGAUGCGUUUCGCAGAAUGAAUAUAGACAAAGUCUGUCUAGAUCCAUAUCGGGCCGAAUCUCGCAAAAUUCUAAAAGUGAUGAAGGAGGAAUUAACCAGAUGGCAUGAGGGCUUGGUCGAUGCUGAGAACGGCGUGGGUCCUCAAUUUCAAAUACAACCGGCCAGUCUAGAGAAAGCAAGUGUUGACGAGGUUUUCAUUGACCUGUCACCGUUAGUCUAUGGUGUCUUGGUUCAGAGGUAUCCUGAGUUACGUAUUGAGAAUCAGGGCGAUGACCGGAUCACACCAUUGCCUCGCCCGCCAACAACAGCACUAGAGUGGAAGCCAGAAGACAGCUUAAUAGAUUUGAAUGAAAACGAGACAGAAUUUGAUGAUCCUGACUGGGAUGAUAUUGCGAUGCUAAUAGGAUCUGAGGUGGUUCGGUCCAUCCGAGAUGCUGUUUGGGAGAAGCUCAGCUAUACCUGCUCUGCUGGCGUCGCCAGAAACAAGAUGAUGGCCAAACUGGGGAGCUCCACCAACAAACCGAACAAGCAGACCAUCGUACGGAAUCGCGCAGUGCAAAAUUUUCUUGGCGGGUUUAAGUUUACCAAAAUUAGAAUGCUUGGAGGUAAGCUGGGGGAUCAAGUUUCUGCUCAUUUUGGGACGGAGCAAGUAAGCGAUCUCCUAGAGGUUCCCCUUGAGCAACUUCGGGCCAAGUUAAAUGAUGAUACUGCUGCAUGGCUAUACGGUAUCAUCCGUGGAGAUGAUAGGAGCGAAGUCAAUCCGCGAACUCAGAUCAAAUCCAUGUUAUCAGCAAAGUCCUUUAGACCUAGCAUCAAUUCCGUCGAUCAGGCAGAUAAGUGGCUGAGAAUUUUCGCAGCGGAUAUAUAUGGACGUCUUGUUGAAGAAGGAGUGCUUGAACACAAACGCCGCCCGAAGACUAUUGCUUUGCAUCAUAGACAAGGCAGUCAGGUCCGUUCCCGCCAAAGUCCCAUUCCUGGCUCAGCCGUAAUCGAUGAGGCACUUCUAUUUGAUCUCGGAAAGACACUGCAGCGACAGAUCGUGGGGGAUGGACGUGCAUGGCCUUGUGCUAAUCUAUCUUUGAGCGUUGGCGCUUUUGAAGAUGGGGUCUCGAAAAAUCAGGCAAUAGAAUCCUUUCUCCUUCGCGGAAAACAUGCUAAACGUAUCGACCAUAGCACUCGAGAACUUAAAGCAGAUGAGCCGUCAGAGACCCAAGAACCAAGCGAAAAGCGAAGGAAAAUGGAUGAUAACAGCAUAAAGCGUUUCUUCGCUGGUACCUGUAUAAGGCCUCAUUCAAAUAAUCACGAAUCAGCUGCACCAGAUAUGGAGAAAGACUUGCCAGGGGAGUCUUCUCCGGGGCCCCAAUCGCCCCAAACCUCCAUAGGGGUUUACACCUGCAGUAGAUGCGGGAAAUCUCGCUUAGAAGCUGAAAAGGAUGAGCACGAUGACUGGCACUUUGCUAAAGAUCUGGAGAGCCAAGAUAUGCAAGCAGCAAAAAGUUUCUACCAGACACAGCGUCCGUCCGGCACUGCGAGCGUGCCCAUUGCUCGUGGUAAGGGUAGCCGUAAUAAUCGCGAUAAACCAGAGAAGGGGCAGAUGCGACUCAAUUUCGGAUAG